AUGAACCAAUCAGACGCGUCGCAAGGACCGCUAGACGGCGUGCAAAUCGUCAGUGAGGGUACGCUGACGUACGAUGGCCGCUACAGAUGCUACAGCAUCUCCGGAAUCAACUUCGAGGUUCCCGUGCGCUACGUCCCGCUCUUCCCCCUUGGCCGAGGAGCCUAUGGUGUUGUUUGCUCUGCACGAGAUGAGACGAUCGGGGAGGAGGUGGCGAUCAAGAAGAUCGGCAACGCGUUCAGCGAUCGCACAGAUGCCAAGCGGACUCUCCGCGAGAUUCUGAUCCUCCGCAACAUGAACCACCCCAAUGUGAUUGCCAUCAAGGACGUCAUCCGUCCGCCCAACCCGCUGAGCUUCCAGGACAUGUAUAUCGUGUAUGAGCUCAUGCCCGAGGACCUGCACGGGGUCAUUCGGUCCGGGCAGGACAUGGAUGAACGGCACUACACGGUGUGUGUGUGGGAGGCAGUUCAAGGUAUUAACAAUAGAACCUGCUUCGAGGCGCCAAGUACAUCCACUCGGCCAACAUCCCUCUUUUCCCUUCCCUUUUUCGUUCUCCCGGCACAAAAAUGCCAUGCUUCUACCCCGAUCUCUCCCCCCUCCCUCUUCUCUCCCCAGCGCAUCCUUUUCCAGUUUCUGAAGGGAGUCAAGUACAUCCAGUCGGCCAACAUCCUGCACCGCGACUUAAAGCCCCCCAACAUCCUCAUCGACGGGCGCUGCAACAUCAAGAUCACCGAUUUCGGCCUUGCGCGAACCCGUGUGGAAACCACCGACCACCUGACCAAAUAUGUGGUUACCAGAUACUACCGCGCUCCCGAGCUGCUGUUGAACAACCAGCAGUACAGCGCUUCCAUCGACGUGUGGUCGGUGGCGCUCAUCUAUCUGGAGCUCGUGCUGGGGCACAUUGUGCUCAGAGGCGAUAACUAUGUGGACCAGCUCUGCAAGACCUGCGAGGUGCGGCUGAAGGGAGGAGGGACAGCAGAGGGGAGUAGGGGUAGGGGAUCUCCAUCUGCAGAGGACGCCUCAUUCAUAGUCAACGAUGCCGCCCGCACCUUCCUGUUCUCAGAGCUACAAGGCUUCCCCGCGCGGAACAUCAGGGACGUGUUCCCCAAGCUGUCGGAACCCGCGGCUGACUUGGUGCAGCGCAUGCUCGGGUUCGACCCGAGAAGGCGAAUCACAUUUGACGAGGCAUUGGCCCACCCGUACCUGGCGCACUACCACAAGGCGAAUCAGGACCCGCCGCACCCAAACCCCUUCCAGUUCGACCUGAGCUUCGAGCAGGAGGAGUAUGACAUCCCCCGCAUCCGCCAGCUCAUCUUCGAGCAGGCCUGCGCCUUCAACCCCCAAUAA